CACGGUAUGGCAUCGCAAGUGAAAUAUGUACACAUACGAACGUUUUAUGUACUCUUUAAAUACAUUACCCUCUCGUUAAUGAGGAAAACUUGGCCGGUUGACAAUGUAACGAAGGCUAAUAAUAACCGCUCCACGUUUAUAUCCUAUUAAGAAAAAAAAAAAGAAAAAAACGUGCUACCGUUCAAAGUACAUAUUAAACAACCGCAUUUUAAAAGUAAACGGCGGUGUUAUGUAAACUGUUUUUUAUAUUUUUAUACCGUAUAAAUACUCGUAGGUAUUAAAAACCCUCGUAUCUUAUAGGUUACUUUUACUAUAUUAUAACUUUAUUAUCGAGAGAAUCGAGAAUUCAAAAUGAGGGAAAUCUUGCAUUUACAAGCCGGACAAUGCGGAAAUCAAAUAGGAUCCAAGUUUUGGGAAAUUAUAUCCGAAGAACACGGUAUCAACAACGUAGGAGAAUAUUACGGCGAUAAUCACUUACAGCUUGAUCGUAUUGAUGUUUAUUACAACGAAGCUUCAAAUGGUAAAUAUGUCCCUCGAGCUAUUCUCGUUGAUUUGGAGCCAGGUACGAUGGAUUCAGUUCGUGCUUCACCUUACGGACAAUUAUUUCGACCAGAUAAUUAUGUAUUUGGGCAAAGUGGAGCUGGAAACAAUUGGGCUAAAGGUCAUUACACCGAAGGAGCCGAGUUGAUUGAUUCUGUAAUGGAUGUAUUGCGAAGAGAAGCCGAAAGCUGCGACUGUUUGCAAGGAUUCCAGCUAGCUCAUUCGUUGGGUGGUGGAACCGGUUCCGGAAUGGGAACUUUGCUGAUUUCGAAAAUUCGCGAAGAAUAUCCUGACAGGAUAAUGAAUUCUUUCAGCGUCGUUCCUUCGCCAAAGGUUUCAGAUACAGUAGUGGAACCUUACAAUGCCACAUUAUCGGUUCAUCAAUUAGUAGAAAAUACCGACGAGACUUUCUGCAUAGAUAACGAAGCUUUAUACGAUAUUUGUUUCCGUACGUUGAAACUUACAUCGCCUACUUACGGUGACUUGAACCAUCUAGUUUCGGUUACGAUGUCCGGUGUGACAACUUGUCUCAGAUUCCCCGGACAGUUGAACGCUGAUUUACGUAAACUUGCAGUGAACAUGGUUCCAUUUCCCAGACUGCACUUCUUUAUGCCUGGUUUCGCUCCUUUGACUGCCCGAGGAUGUCAACAAUACAGAGCACUUACGGUUCCUGAACUGACCUUACAAAUGUUCGAUGCCAAAAACAUGAUGACCGCUUGCGACCCUCGCCAUGGUCGUUAUCUCACCGUCGCCGCUAUAUUCCGCGGUAUCAUGUCAAUGAAAGAGGUCGACGAACAAAUGCUCAUGGUACAGAAUAAAAAUUCAGCAUAUUUCGUCGAAUGGAUUCCGAACAAUGUUAAGGUCGCUGUGUGCGAUAUUCCACCACGUGGAUUAAAAAUGUCAGCCACAUUUAUAGGUAACACGACAGCCAUACAGGAAAUAUUUAAACGAAUUUCCGAGCAAUUUACAGCCAUGUUCAGACGUAAGGCUUUCUUACAUUGGUAUACUGGAGAAGGAAUGGAUGAAAUGGAAUUUACAGAAGCUGAAUCAAAUAUGAAUGAUUUAGUUUCCGAGUAUCAACAAUAUCAAGAAGCCAGCGCCGAAGAAGCUGAAUUCGAAGACGAAUGCGACGGAGACAAUGAAGAAGUCGAAGUUACACAAGAAGAAGUUUAAUUCAAACAUUAAAUGUUUCCAUAUAAAUUAUCGAGAUAUAAUAUUACCUACAUAUAUAAAUUAAGCAUUCGUAUCGAAGUCAAGCAUGAGUAUCAUUAUCUAAUCGUAAAUCAACCUAUAAACGUAGAUACGUUAUACGUAUAAAAAUGUCCUAAAAAAUCGUAAAUCCUAAAAAAAUUCGUCUACAAAAAAAAAUCGAAAGUAAAAAAAUUCAUAACCGAGAAUUCGAAAUUAAAUCUACAAAGUAAUUUCGAAAUUUUUGAUGCAUUUCAUAAUGGCCGGAUACACGAAUACCACACGUUUAUCAAUGAGGAAUCUUCUUCUUCUUCUGCGAAAGAAUAAGAAAAAAUUCGUAUAAAUAACGAACUCGUGCGAUGAACGCUAGAAAAAUUCUAUUCGAGAUCACUGAACCGAAGAAAUCGUGUUUUUUUCAAUUCUUGAAAAUAGCGCAGAAUUCCAAAAAAAUGCGAUAGUUUUUGAACAGGGUGUUCGAAAAAUGACGAUUUUUUUUCAAAAACAUAAUUUCGCAACCGGUUCCAGUGAUUUUUGGCUAUAAUAAGGUUUCCUUACCUUCUUCCAAUUAAAUCUAAAUGAUUUGAAGCUCGAUGUAAUCUCAUAUUAGAGUAUCUAGAAUAAAAUAAAUUAAGUACAUUAUUUUCAAUUGAAUAAUAACUUUAACUUUAUAAAAUUAUUAAUUCAGUUCUACCUCGUAGAGUUUUUUCCAACAUUUUUCUUUGGCUGGUUGCAUUUUUCAUUCCUAAAAAAUAAAAAUACACAAAAAAAAAUGAUAAAAAUAACCCAUUGUGUUCAAUUCGCGACUAAAGCGAAGCCAAGAAAAUACUCGACAUUGAGAAAUUACGAACUUUUGAAAUGCAUUUCUUUUAGUUUUUUCAUCUUCAUGAUUGGCACUUGUAACACUGCAAUAGAUGUUCCUCGAUGUAAAACAAUAAAUAUAGGAAAUUGUUUAAUACAUAUAA